GAUUUUCGUCCGAACCACUAAGCCACCUCGGACGGAAAAAUGGCGACAGCGGCGGCGGCGGCGGCCUCGGCGAGAGCUGUCGCAAACGGCGCAUUGGCGCACGUUCCGCGAUACGGCUUCACGAUCGAUGCGAUCCGUGCCUCUUCUCUUGGGGGCAACGGUGGGGGAGGAGAGGGAGUCGAAAGCCUGUUCCCGGGGCCGCCGGGCGCAGAGACGUCGGCAAUGCGCAGGCUGCUGGAGGCGCACGACGCAGCCUCGCUCGCAUCUAUGGCUGAGUCUCCAUCGCUGAAGAGCAGCAGCGGCAACGAUGCUCAGCUGAACGACGACGACGAAACGGCAUACCGACGUGCUGUCUCGCUCGUCGAAUCGCGUCUUCGUCGGAGCUUCGACGUGCGAGCAGGCCUGCCCGAUGCCCUUGCCUCGCUGCUCAUCUCGGGCCGAGUGCCAAAUCCAUCGACGUUGUUCCAGCGCUCAGGGAGGAUUGCAGACGAGGCACUCAGACUGGCUGCAUGGAAGGGCGACUACUCGAUGGACUGGUACACGACGAGGCUCCGGCUUGCUCAGUCAUUCCUUCUCGCCGAGCUGCAUAUGCUCGCACCCAAUCGUGCUUCGACGGUGGACGACGUGGAGGAAGGAGGGGAAGAGACACUGAAAGGAUCGACAGAGAUACUUAGACGACUAGCUUAUCUAAGGCUACCUCUCUCAGGACCGACAAUCGGAGAAGGUCAAACGAUGGAAGAAGCUCUGAAGAGCACAAAACAAUGGGUUACGUGGGGCUCGAGGGGCUGGCUAGGGAUCUUUAGGAGUAUGGGACUGUGAUGUGUACUAGUACUGGUGUGCUUGUGACUGAAUGUAAGAUUAGAG